AUGGUCGAGUCUGGUGAGUCGGAAGCCGUGAGGAAGAUGGUCGUGUACACAAAUGUAACAGACGGGGUAGUAGCAGGUCCAGAGGAAGAGCUGGAUGAAAAUGUGGAGGAUGAUGUUGACGAUGAUGGAGAGAUCGAAUUGCUAGUGGAUGACGUUUCUGAAGUAGAAAGCGAAGUUUCUUCAUCGAAUGUUGAACUCGAAGACGUAGAGGAAGUAAUUGAAUUGGAUAUUGAGUCAGACGAGCUUGAGGAAGUGGCAUCUGGUGCGGCCGAGGAGGUAUCGCUUGUCGUACUGGAGGACGCAGAGGUGGAAGAAAUAGAAGAUGAGGGUAAAGUCGAGCUUGAAAUGGUAGUUGUGGAUUCGGCGGUCGAGCUGGCGGAAGAUGUCGUGAAGCUCGAGAAAGAUGACUCUGAACUUGCAAUCAGACUCGCUGGAUCAAUCGUUGGGCUCGAAGAGAGAGACAGCCCGGUCGAACUUGACGAAGAGGAAAGCGAUGAACUAGACGUGGCCUCAGCUGAGCUUUCGGAACUGGAUACGGACGACGAGCUUCGAUCUGAACUCGAGGAAAGAGAAGACGUGGCACCAGUCGUCGGCGAUUCUGUGGACGUCGAGGCAAGACUAGCGGGGUCAAUUGUUGGAGAAGCAGAUGGAGAGCUACUCGUAGACGUGGUGACGGAAGAUGAAACAGAUGUCACGAGUGUGGCUUCAUCAGAGCUUGACUGGGGAGUUGUAGAGGUUGAUUCGGCAGUAGAAGUGCCAGUCGGUGACGGGAUGGAGGAUCCAGUGAAACUAGCGGCAGAACUCGACGACGAUAGGGAAUCGCUCUCGGAGGUGCUUGAAGUUGUCGAACUCGAAAAUGUGCUAGCGGAGGAAGACGUUGGCGUGAUUGAAAUUCCCUCAGAGCUUGUUUCCAAGCUCACGGAAGUUGGUUCUGUGACCGAAACGCUAGUUGUAACUGAAGAAGAGGAGCCCGUGGAGCUUGAAGAGGACAGAGAUACGCUCUCAGAGGUGCUUAUGACACUCCCAGUCGAAGUGCCCUCAAGGCUAAGGCUGGACGAAGAACCGGAAGAAAUUUCCGAGGCGUCCGAGGUCGUAGAAGAGUCUACUAUCGAAGACGACUUUGCACUACUCGAUACAGAAGAAAUAUCAGAUGAGGACACUGAGCUUGUCGUUGUUGAGUCGCUAGAUGUUGACAGCAAGGUGUUGAUCUCGACUGUGUUCCGAGUGCUCAUGGAUAAGGAUGAACCUUCAGAAGAACUCGAUAUUGAUGGAGGGCUCGGGUCUGAAGUUGAGAUGCUCGAUACAGAGGAACUUUCACUGGUGGAGGUGCCGGUCGAUGUUGGAAGUACCGUAUCGGGUUCAACAGUGGUCGCUAUGCUCGAGGAUAGUGACGAAGAGCCCGCCGAGGAGCUGGUCGAGGUCCCAUCCACAGAGUCGCUUGUCGAUGUGACAGUGGUGGCUGAGCUAGGAGUAAGCGUCGCUGAUGGCGUUUGCGGGUCACUACUGGUUGUAGAACUUGAGUCAGAUGAGGAUGUCGGAGUGAACAGAGAAGAAUCGCUAGAUGAGGUAGCCGAAGCACUGUUUUCCACGCCCGAUGACGAAAUGCUCGACGUAGGUGACAGCGUAUCGAGGCCAAUCGUUUCCGAAGAGCUUGAAGACAGCAAAGACGAUGAAGUGAUUGUUGUUGAGGUAGAUUCAGUGAUCAAAGUGCUUGAAGUAGCUGACUCUGCAUUCAAUGAAGUGCUAGUAGACGACUGUUGGCCAUCUGAGCUAGUCAUAGAUAAAGUUGUCGUAGCUGCGGAGUCUGCCAAGUCGCUCGAUGAAGAUGAUGUCGCCCCAGAAAUCAGUCUGCUCGAGGUUGUCGGCUCCUCCGUCGUCGACUCUGACGUUGAACUCGACAGCAAUGUAUCAGGAUUGACUGCGAUACUGACGCUCGAAGAUGUUGAAGAUUCAGUGGAAGCCUCCAGUGACGAAGAAACAGCAGAGAGAAGUGAGCUACUUGACGAUGAGGAAGGGGAUUCCGCGUCGGAGGAAAUUGACGAAAUUGAGGUGACCGAAGAGGUGAUUGAAUCAAGGGAGUUUGAAGAUGUUGACGGAGUAGGCGAUAUCUCUGAUGUUGCUGCGCUUGACGGAGGAUCGGCAUAG